AGUUCGUUUCCUACUAACCCCCACUCACCUCUUCCUGUUUAAUUUCUUCUGCCGUCAAUCUGAAAUCGAUCGUAUAUAGACGCCACGGCUUUCCCCUUCUCUGUCCCUUUUUUGUUUUUCUCACACAGCGCAGGACCUAGCAGCAGAAUGGCAGACGGCUGCGACACUCACCUUGCUCUUGCGCUAGCUACGCCUCCAUGGCCCUCGCCCCGCCGACGGCAGCCUUGUUCCACACUACUGCAGCGAGAGGGAGCUGCUGAAUUAGCAGCGAGAGAAGGCGAUGAGGAGGAAGACGCCGACGUGAGGAAGAAAAUUAGACUCACCAAAGAGCAGUCUGCCAUGUUGGAGAUCAGGUUCAGGUUGCAAACCAAUCUUACCUCAAAGCAGAAACAAGCGUUGGCUAAGAAAUUGAAGCUUCAGCCACGGCAAGUAGAAGUAUGGUUCCAGAACAGGAGAGCCAGGAAAAAGCUGAAGCAGACAGAGAUAGAUCGUGAGUUCCUCAAGAAGCGUUACGAGGCGCUGAGCAAAGAGAACCAGAUGCUGCAGAAGGAGUUGCAGGACAUGAAAGCCCUGGAGCUGCCGGCGGCCGGCCUCUCAGUUUGUCCGACUUGUGGGAAGAUAAGCGGAGGCGAUGCAGCUCCCUUGGUAUAAAUUUUUUAAGCGACACAUAUCAGAUUGCGUUCUUAGUGUGCGUCUGAUCUGUAAGUUGAUUGGAUGGAAGGAAGGUUUGCGGAUCUAGUGAGUAGAUUUUGUUUGCCUCGGAUGCGCUGUUUGACCCGGUCAGGCCAAUGAUUCGGGUUGCUGCUUAUGACGCCUGCAUUUACACGAUUGAUUUUGCAGUCUU